CUGUGAUUUUUGGCGCGGGAUCAGCGGGUCCCAUCCGCAUCUGUGCAGAACUGUACAUCCAGAGAAGCGCUGGCCUGCCAAGCACACGCGGCAGCGGCUGCCACACAGCCCUCGUCGUGCCGUAACCUAUAGAAGGAGGAGUGCUCAUAUUUGAUACUUUUGGCAUCGGACCGCACGCACGCGCAGAGCACUCACUCUCAGUGCCGGCAGCAAAAGAUAAACCACAACCACAAAAAGAAAAUGUUCAGCCGCGAGAACCGCCGCCGCAACAGGGAGCGCCUCCUCCAGGCGGCCGGCAUUCAUCAAGUGACCAAAGACGACGAGGCCUUCGUCGCGAAGCUCGACGCGUCGAAGAACCUCGAGAAGCGCUUAGAUGACGCUAGACGGUGCGUCUACGAGUACUCGCUCGCGCUCCACGCUUUGUCGGACAAGAGCGCGUCGCUGGCGACGGCGUUAGCGGCUCUCAGUGACGACGCCCACGGCGACGCGCAGCAGGCGCUCAAUGAACUACAAACCCACGAGAUCAAGCUGAGGAGGACGCACGCGCCGGCGGCUUUACACGCGCUGCAGGAGCUCGUGGGCGCGCCGCUCGACGGCGCCGCGGCCGGGUCCAAGGACGUCGAGCGCCUCACGAAAGCUAGAAGGGACAAAUUGCUGGACUGCGACUCCUUCGCGGCGCGCGGCGACGAGCGCCUCGAGGCGGCGCGGCGCGACCUGCAGCACCUGACCGCGUCGUGCGAGGCGGCGUUCGUCGCGUUUUCUGAGGCCGUGGGCGACGCGACGGCGCGCUGCGCGGGCGCGCUGUCCGGCGUCGUCGCGCACUUCCACUGCGGCGUCGCCGACGCCGCUUGUGCGAGAUGUGAAAGCGCGCCUUCGUCCAGACUCGCGACGCACGCCGCGGCAGCAUUAGGAUUAUGCGCGGCGAACGCCGCGGCAUUGGAACACGGGCCGCCGGUCGCUCCUCCCGCCGUCGCGGCGCCCGCGCCGGACGACCUCCUCGGGCUCGGGACCGCGACGCCGCCGCCCGCGGCGCAGCCCGUCGCGCACGCGUUCGCCGCGGCGCCGCCGCCGCCCGCCGCCCGCGUCGCGCCGCCGGUCCUGCCGGCGAGGCCAACGCAGGAGGUGACGGCGGCCUACGCCUACCAGGGCCAGCGCGCGUCCGACCUGUCCUUCGCCGCGGGCGACGUCAUCGUCGUCACGCGGAAGAAGGCCAACGGCUGGUGGGUCGGCCACGUCCGCGGCCGCGACCCGGCCACGGCCGGCGAGUUCCCGUCGAACUACGUGCGGUGA